GAGGCAUAUCUGAAAGGGAUGGAUGUUGUUAACCUUUACAACAACAAUUCCUGUAAUUCCUCAGAGGAAAGGAAAUGUUUUCGAAUGUCAAAGAUGUCAACAAGAAACAAGAUUUUCUUGGAAAGACACAAAAUGCCAGACAAUCACGCGCCGAGGAGAAAAAACGCGAGCAAGGAGCUAUCAAGAUUCAGGCAAUCAUCAGGCAGUUUAUCUGCUUCAGAAGGCUAAGGAGAACAAUAUGGAGCAACUUUGAUGCCCUUGUAGUUGAUCCAAACAAGAAAGAUGAAGUAAAAAGGAAAAUACCAGCUUUGUCAAUAUUCAAAGUGGCAAAUGAGCUGUUGUUUAUCUGUAAAGGUGGGGAUAAACAAUCAAUCAAAAGGUUCCAGUUAUUAUGUAAAGUUAUUCUUUUAAAUCUGGAAACUGAGAAAGAUGCAAAAUAUUGGUACAUGUCUGUAAUGCUAUCAAAAGAACAUACUGUUCAAUGGAUGCAGCAGAUAAAGCAAAUUUUGAAUAUCUGCUGUAAACAAUUGAGAAAGUUAAAGCCCAACAUGCACCAAGAUGCAAAAGCAGCAACUGUUUAUUUGUCAAUGAUCGUAGUCUUUACAGACUGCAAGGGGUGGAAAAUUCUGCAAAUGAAAGGAGGUGAAAAUAUCAAAGUUGCUAUGCAGCAGCUGUGUGCAAAUGUUUUAAACGAUCUUGUCUCUAAAGGGUUGUACUCAUCAUUACAGGAUUUCUUGUGUAAUGGUUUAGCUAGGACCAAUAUCGCUUUGAACCAGACAUUGCUCACUGCUGCUACUUCUAUGAGUUUCAGACCACUGGAGGUAUCUGCAUUUUCUAAAGGUCCGUUGAUUGUGUUUGUUCUGCAUAUUCUGAGCAUCCCUGCUAUAGUGCUGCAUUUACAGAGUAUAUCUGAGGAGGGUCUCAAAAUGUUUCUUGAUAACGGCAUAUUCUACAAGAGUAUCGAAGCAUUGUCAGUCAACCAGGAUAUGAGAAUUGUCUUCAAUUCACUGGAGGGGAACAGAGCCCUUUGUUUGCUUGGGAACAUAAUAAACCUUGCGCAUCUGGAAAUCAAAACAGCAGAGAAGAGGGUCAUGGAUUUCAGAAAUCUUCUUGUGGAGGUAAUUCUGGGUAUAUUGAAGCACUGUCAGACGUACGUCGUUAAAAAACAGUCAAAUCUUACAAAAUGGCAUCCAGUUCUUGGCUGGUUUAUGCAAGCAGAUGAUACCAGUUGGAUCUCAGAUACCAUGGUUCAUGUAAAUUCGCAGCUGCGACUGCUAUGGAAGCGCCAGAUGGUUGACAUACUCUUCGCAAGCCUACCAAAUGUUGCCGUUGAACCUUCCACACCCUACCCAAUACAAUCGAUAAACCAAAAAAAGUCGUCUGAAAAAGGACUGCUCAGACGAGCUUUCGGGAGAUCCGUCAAGUCAAUGCAAAAGUCUGGCUAUAGAGACCUUAAGGAUCCUGUUGUUUUAGAUGUAUGUCAAAUCUGUGAGAUGUACCAAGUCCUUGCUGCUACCCUUACACAACUAAGAAUGGAAAUAUUUUCAGCACUAAGCCUAAGUGAACAAAUAAUGGUGCGACUUUGGAAAUUUUUGUACUCUCUUGGCCCCGAUGGUGGACUCAAAGCUAUCCUGAGUUACGUCACUGGUGGAUCAGAUUCAUUACCAGAUUCCCUGGAUGCGCUGCUAACUUUAUUUUGUGAUUGCUGCUCUCAGCUGCUGCCGAUUGUUGACGACGGGGAGUUUUACGAACAGCAGAAACCUUUUACAAUCGAAGAAUCCAUAAGAAUGUCUUCAUUUCUGAAUUCUCUGGUGUUUAAAAUGAUAUGGACAAGGGAAUCGGACGAGGUUAAGACCAAAAACGAAAAAGCUUCCGCUUCGAAGGCUGCUUUAAAAGACUCCGCAUUUAUGAAUUCAGCUCUUACGUUGUUGUUGCUGUUGUAUGACCGUGACUGUAGAAGGGCUUUCAUGCCACCUGGCCAUUGGAUCAUCAAGGAGAUAAAAACGCGUCACUUUUUGGCCGACCUUGAUGCGGAAAAAAAGCGAGCGAUGGUUGUUUUGAAGAAGAUACCUCAUGUAAUACCGCACAAUGUGAGAGUGCAAAUAUUUCGCAAGUGGAUUGAAUCAGAUAAAGAAUCUCUAGGAAUUUACAAAGAUUUAUCAAGGCCAACUGCUCUUCUUACGAUCUCAAGAAACAGACUGCUAGAGGAUGGUUAUGAGCAGCUGAGUAAGUUAGAUGGGCAGAGUCUCAAAGGAAUAGUUCGAGUCAAAUUUGUAAAUGAGCAGGGGCUAGACGAAGCUGGUAUUGAUCAGGAUGGUGUUUUCAAAGAAUAUUUGGAGGACACGAUCGCGAAAGCGUUCGACCCACAACUUAAUCUAUUCAAGAUGACAGAAGAGCAAAAACUGUAUCCAUCUCCUACAUCAUUUAUUCAUGAAGAUCACCUUCACCUGUUUGAAUUUAUUGGGAAAAUGCUCGGAAAAGCUGUUUAUGAGGGUAUUCUGGUCGACGUGCCGUUUGCUCCAUUCUUCCUAAGUCAACUACUGCAUCGGCAGCACGGGGCGCUGUAUAGCUCGAUUGAUGAAUUACCUUCCUUGGAUCAAGAGAUGUACAAAAGCUUAUGUUUUAUCAAGAACUACGACGGAGAUGUUUCAGACCUUGAGCUCACUUUUUCAUUCGAUGAAGAUGUUUUAGGCAAGGUCGUCACCCAUGAUCUGAAACCAGGUGGUAGAGUAAUUAACGUGACAAAUAUUAACAAGCUGCUCUAUAUUCAUUUGAUGGCGAAGUUCAGGAUGUACACUCACAUCAAGGACCUGACGGCUGCAUUCUCACGUGGCUUCAGAUCCAUUGUUAAUUUGGAAUGGCUCAGCAUAUUUUCGCCCCCUGAAUUCCAAAGGCUGAUAUCUGGAGAUACUGGUGUCAUUGACUUUGUCGAUUUAAAGGGCUGUACCUUGUAUUAUGGUGGAUAUCACCCUGGACAUCCUGUUAUCCUAUGGCUCUGGGAUGUGCUGCAGAAUGAUUUCUCCGAAGUCGAGAAGAAACAAUUUCUCAAGUUUGUAACGAGCUGCUCAAAUCCACCACUACUUGGCUUCAAACAUCUAGAGCCACCGUUUUCAAUAAGAUAUGUUGAAUGUGCAGAUGACGAGGACUCUGGGGAUUCCUUGGGCAGCGUUGUGCGAGGAUUCCUCGGCAUUCGACGGCGUGGUCAAGAUGCCUCAGGAAGGCUGCCGACAGCGUCAACCUGCUUCAACCUACUGAAACUACCAAACUAUCGCAAAAAGGCCAUAUUGCGUGAAAAACUUCGAUAUGCCAUUACUUCUGGUGCAGGAUUUGAACUGUCCUAGAAAUGUAUGAGUGCUGAGAAAAGGAAACCCAGUUGUAUGGAUUCAUGGUAGAACGAUUAGCGCUACAUACAUUGACAUCUAACGCAUGUUUCAAGUACUGUACUUUUGAGCAAAUCUCUGGCGAUUUCUUAUUUCAAGGGCACCGGAUUUAAAAAGAAGAUUCUUAAUAGAGAAACCUGGAUAGGUUUCCUAACAGAAUUUAUUUUAUUGGACGAUAGGUAGACCCUCAAAAUUUUUGUUGAGAUGUCACUCUCCACAUAUUGCUCUAUAAAAGCUCUACCCUAGAUUUCUGAGACUUGUUUAUCAGUUGUGAGACUUUACGUCUAUUUUAUUGUCAGAGCUUAGCCCUUGCCCCACGAAGCUCCUUGCUAGAUAAGAAUAUCAUUAAUAUAGUUAGGGUUGUUCUCCUAAACUGAUCAAUUUCAUAGCUUACAUAAUUUUUCCAGAAAUGAAUUCCUUUGCAUGAAAAUCAAAUCUGUUACACCCAACACUUGAGGUAAAGAGCAAGAAGAACGCCGUAUCUUAAACAUAGACCGUUGAUGCGUAUCACGACCUUAAUUUCUGAUUCACUGUUUUAUGUACAUAGAUUAUAUAAUUACUGUAUAUAUUUAGUUGAAAAGAGUUCAAUAUUCUUGUUUCAAAUGCAACAACUCCCGCAUUAGUGAUGUCACAACACCAUUCUCUUAAAAUUAUCUACUAAUCAAAAGUGGCUGUUAACGACUAAUAUUAUACUUUAAGAU